ACCGGCAGAGGGCGCUGUAUCUCACGGUAAAACCACUGAUUGCAGCCUGAGCCCCGGCCGUCCGGGCAGGCGGGGGUGGCGGCGUCCCCGGGUUGCUCGGAGACGGCUCUGUCAAUGGAGAGAGAGGGAGAAGGAGGGAACACGUGUGGAGCGGACACUCCGGAGACAGCAGUGCCCAGCACAGGGCCGGAGUAUGCCCAUCUGCAGCCCUGCCAGGACCAGCCCGGAGCCUUCAGUACCCGGUGCCCCCCCACAGGACAGGAGCCACUCUCUGCACACCAGCUGGCAAAGGGUUAAUCUCGUGCAUGCCCAGCUGCAGCCCUGCAAGGGUUAAUCGUCUUCCCUGUGGAGCCAGUGCCCGCCUGCACCCUAACCUUCCUGUGUAUGCCCAGCUGCAGCCCUGCAGGGGUUAAUCGUGGUCCCGGUCCAGCCCGCAGUCCCCCUGGCAGUGAUCUCAUCCCUUGGCACCUCCGCAGAUGAGCUCAGUCUGGUGCCCUGCAGCGGGUGAUCGGGUGUAGUGUGGACCCCGCAGCGCCCCCCAGCUCCAGGUGGCUCGUGUGCGCAUCCUCCCUGGAGUUGGUGCAGGAUCCUCCUUACUCCGGGAUUCCAGGGAUCCAGUGGAUCGCAGCCCAUGCUCUGCCCAGCUGGCACACAGGGCUCCUCACCCAUGCGCUGUGGAUUGUGCUGCUGGAGUAUUUAGGGACCCCCGGGCACAGGUGCCCCCUGCAGGAUGAGGAGGAGGACGGGAUCUUGGGGGAUCUGCCUGGUCCUGGGCGCAGUGACUGCUCUGAGAGGUUUCGUGACCGCCCUGCAGGUGAUGAUGGACAAGGAUAGCAUACAGGUGGCCCGCGGCCAGUCUGCGGCACUCUUUUGCACAUUCACCACAAGUGCAGCGCUCACCAACCUCAACAUCAUCUGGACUGUGACCCCUCUGUCUAAUGCCAACCAACCUGAACAGAUCAUUAUAUAUCAGGGGGGGCAGGUUUUCACCACGGCGGCCAAUUUCCAAGGACGAGUGGGUUUUAUGCAAACCAUGCCGAGCACCAAUGCUUCAAUCUACAUCAACAACACCCAGCUCUCCGACACGGGGACCUACCAGUGUAUGGUCAACAACUUCCCCGAUCGAGCACUGCGCAAUAUCGGAGUAGUGGGAUUUACCGUCUUAGUGCCUCCCUCUGAACCCCUCUGCAACAUUCAGGGAUCCCUGGAUAUUGGGAGUGAUGUGACUCUGACCUGCAGCUCGGAGGAAGGCAUCCCCAGGCCCACCUACCUGUGGGAGAAGGUUGACAACAAUCCGUUCCUUCCUGCAUCAGUAACACAAGACCAGUUCCAAGGUACCAUCUUACUGAAGAACAUAAGCACUGCAUCCUCAGGGCGAUAUCAGUGUGUAUCAUCCAAUCUCAUGGGCGCCCGAACCUGCCUUCUAGACCUGCAAGUAGUUGCUCCGCCGCACCAGAGCAUGGGUCUUAUAGCCGGAGCCAUUGCGGGGGGAGUGUUAGUGUUGGUCAUCUGUAUAACCGUGGUGGUUAUUGGGUUGUUCUACUGGAGGAACAAGCACAAGGAAGAGGAAGACGAAAUCCCAAAUGAGAUAAGAGAGGAUGAUCUUCCUCCGAAGUGCUCAUUGUCUACCAAAGUCUUUCACCCUGAUGCCUCCUCCUCUGAGCACGAUACAUUGACGUCCACCAACACAAACACCUUCAAUGGUCACUACUGGAAUAGCUCCAAGUCCAAUUUCAACACCGGUUCAUACGUUCAUUACAACUGCAAUGGCUGCCGCCAACCCUCCGCCCGUUCGGUCACGGGUCACCCAAGACCGACUUAUGCUAAUGGUGGACAGCCUUCCGGUCCUCCAAAGACAUUGGUGGUGACAGCCAACACAGCCCCUUCUCCAAAGACUGGAGGUAGAAGCAACGGCACGGUUGGCAGAAAAGCAAAGCCGUCUCAAACUAGGUCUUAUGCUGUUAGCCAGGCCACGUUGGAGAGGAUAGGCGCCGUGCCGGUCAUGAUACCGGCUCAGAGUAGAGCGGGCUCACUAGUAUAGGAAGAGCGUAAAGUCAUCUUGGGGCAAAGAAGAGUUGCGUUAGCUUGUGGGGGUGAAAGAACGUCACGUGUGCUUCUCUGUUCCUUCCUUCCAUCCGGGCAAUCUACGACUGGAAGAGGCCGGUCCUUGUGAGAGAAGACACAACCUGAGACAAGGUUGAAAAAGUGUGGACGGUUUACCCGAGACUAGAACUCCUCCUUAUAGUGCCAAGCACAGCCCCGGGGCUUCCAACACAGAAUAACAAAUGUGCCUCCCGUACUCUUGUUCAGCUCCUCUUACUCACCUUAAGCCCCAUUAAAGGCUUUAUUUUUGUAACUUCCACCUUGCUUGGAAUCCAACUAGUUAAUCUUGCUCAUUGAAGAUGGUGCUAAGGAGCCCCCUAUCCCUCCCCCCCCUCAUCUCUACCACCCUAUAAAUCACCAGCUAAAGAAUAAGUAUCCCAUUCCCGCAUCACUCCAGCACUUUAUUCAUCUUUUGGUACCCAUCUCCAUGGAAGAACAUCCAAGAGGUCUAUACAUUCUAAGGUCCCUCCAGACCACCACCACCACUGAAUAAGACGAAGGACUUCAUCGUAUAAAGAAGAUCUUGCAAACUGCAUCAGUUCCGCUAACAGAUUCUUAGAACCUAGAUUUUUCCUUCAACUAUUCAGUCAUAUUUCGAGAUGAUGGGCACCGAACCUGUUUUUUUGAAUUCUUUUACAGAAGUUAUUGUGUAUAAAAAUAUUUUU